CCCAUCGAAAAUCAGUGAAUCAAUCAGAUCUGAAAUUCAAGUGAGAUUAUGAGUGGGGUAUUCACAAUUUCCUCACUGUAUUCUCCUGCUCCUUCUCCUACUCAUCGUCUCCAAAGUAAUUGCAUCAUUCCCCCAUGGAAUUCCUCUUUUCCAACCACAAACAGAAGUGGAAAUGUUGCACCACUCACUUUCACUUGUAAUUUCAGUUCUAACCCUCCUCCUCCUCCUGGUGAAAAUGAGAGUAAGAAUAUCCUUGAUGCGUUCUUUUUAGGUAAAGCUCUGGCGGAAGCAGUUACUGAGCGCAUAGAGUCUACAGUAGGGGAGUUCCUAAGUACAGUUGGCAGAUUGCAAGCAGAGCAACAAAAGCAAGUUCAGGACUUUCAGGAGGAGGUUCUUGAAAGAGCCAAACAAGCCAAAGAGAAGGCAGCACGUGAAACGAUGGAAACACAAGGACUUAUUUCCAACUCGUUUGAAGCAGAUACAUCGACAGCAACUGCAGCCUCAGCUUCUGGGAACAUAGCUAGUCCACGAACAAACAUAAAUUCCCAGCCUACCAAGGACUCUGAGUUAGGGAUAUCAAAUGGAGACUGAUACUGUAGUUGUAUUACAUUCAUCCUUGUGAUGAAACCUUGUUAUACCUAGUUUAGAUUUGUUCAAUGGAACAGUAUGAUACUUGUGGAAGAGGAACAGAACUUUCUCUGUGAAUAUCAUUUCACCAUAAAUAUUGUACCUUUUCACUUUACAUACAUAGUUGAUAAAACUUAAUAAAUUCUAGUACAAUGUUGU